GAGAGGAUUAAUGAUGUGACAGUGCUGAUCCUUGAGGCCACAUGUUCAUCUAGACUAAUCCCUCCAUGCCAGAGAUUUGGAGAGCUGUGCUGAAGGCUGUGCAUGCAGGAGGUUGCAGCUCAGUACCAUUCAGGAUUUUGAGGAGGAAUGAUCCAAGCCAUGAUGGAAUCAAAUCUAUCUUUGCUCUCUUCCUUAAAGGAGGAACUCAAACCUGAGGAUUAUGUUCAACCUCAUUAUAAGGAGGCUUAUCGUUUAGCCAUUGACUGUUUGGUCAGCGAUGGCAAAAACGUGUAUCAGGAAUUCAUCAAAGCUCAGAAUAUAGUCAACUUCCUUUCAGAAGAUGAAAUCCACUUUAUCACACAGAAUUCAGUGCAGCCACCUGUUAUCAACCACACUGAAGAUACCGAUGGUCCGAGGGAUGAGGAGGUCUCUUCAGGGACUUACUGGCCUAUGCACUCUGAUGCUCCUGCCCCAGAUCUGGAACUGGGGUGGCCAGAGGCCAUGCACAACACACUCCAAACCAACAUUGACCUGCUUUACCACCCACCUAGGCUAAAUAGCCCCACCAUCAAGGAGGUGGUGAGAAAACACAUCCAGGAUGCUAGACAGGUCAUUGCAAUUGCCAUGGAUGUGUUUACUGAUGUGGAUAUUUUUAAAGAGGUAGUUGAUGCAUCUGUCAGAGGUAUUCCUGUCUAUAUCCUCCUGGAUCAAGUUCACUUCAAGAGCUUCCUCCAUAUGGUGGCAAACCAUGACAUUCAGAUCCAAAAACUCAGGAACAUGAAGGUGCGAACAGUGAAAGGUGUGGAGUACCUCUGUAGAUCAGGUGCCAAGUUCAAUGGGGCCAUGGAGCAGAAGUUUAUCCUAGUUGACUGUCAAAAAGUGUUUUUUGGAUCAUACAGCUUUAUGUGGUCCUAUGAGAAGAUCCACCUAAGUAUGGUUCAAGUCAUUACAGGAAGGCUUGUAGAGUCUUAUGAUGAGGAGUUCCGCACUCUUUAUGCCCGUUCCACUAUUCCAGCAGAGUUUCAGCCUCAGGAAGUCUUGUCAGACAGAAGAAUGAAUGGAAAAAUGGAUGGCUACCUUGGUCACCCCACCAAACCCUUUGAAAGGAGUGACCAUUUAAGACACACACUUGAUUCAGUGUAUCGCCAAACAUGUGAAAGACAACCAGGCUUUAGGAAUACAAUGGAGGAGCUCCCUCUCUCCAUUUCACACCAUAGCAGAUUUCUUCAGGAAGCGAUGGAUUUUACCAAACGCCACAGCUAUGCAGGGGAGAGGCGAGAGCCCUCAUACAUUCUUCAAAAUUCCAGGUAUGGUUCCAGUAACUGGAAUGUGACAGAAGACAGCAGACGUUAUGGAGAGAAUCAUUACCCCAAUGCAGUAGAGGACCCAUAUGAAAGCUCCAGGUUGACCCUGAUGAACAGGAAUGCUAACUUGCGUCAGUCCUACCACGGCAAUGAUAAACAAGUUCUUGCAAUGCAACAGAAUCUGCCGAGCCUUGCAAACACUUCCAAGUCUUUUAUGCGCACCUGGAGGAUAGAAUCUUAUCUCAAUAAGAGUGACAUUCACACAGGUGAAGUCCAUGACUACUUGGACCAAUAUGAGAUAGAAAAUAAAUCUGCUCCUUUGAUGGCUUCUCGUCUUAGGUCAUCCCUGGUUUUCAAGUCCACAAUACCAGAACAGCCAGAAACUAACAGUUACAUAAAUGAUUCCUCCUCCUCCCUACGCCGUGAAGAUCAAGUUGGAAUACAACCAGGGUCACAGUACUACUCUUCAGCACAGUGGAAUCAGAUGGGAUUAAAAGACAAUCACAUGCAACCUGAUGACUUCAUGUUUAAGAGACGGAGUACACAGAUGUUAGAUCAUUCAGGUAAUAAUAUAAACUAUGGUUCAGAAAGAGAUACUGUAUAUGCUAGUCUAGGUAGAGCUAAAAGUCAACUCCAAGCUAAGGACCCUGAGCUCUCACAAGGCAAUUUGUACAAGAGACACAGUGUUGCAGAUCCUAGGUAUAACACAUUCAACAGUAAUAAAGGGUCCUCCAGCCACAUUUAUGGAUCUCUUUUGAGAAGACAAACAGAGAAGAAUGUGAUAGGCAAAAAUUCCAAAAAUGAGGGGUAUUCCCAAAACCUUAAAAAGGACCAUAGAUCUGUCUCUCAUCAUGACUUCAAAAGGGCAGACAGCAAAGAUACACCAUGUACUGCUUGGCAAGAGCCUCCUUCCAGGACCAUGUCAACAACAGUAUUCGAAUUGAAAGCCAAGGAGCAGAGCCAACCCAAUAGCCUGUCAUCUCCACAGUUCUUCAAGAAAAGCACCAAGAAAAUAAAGUAUUUUCUAAACAUUCCUGACAGGAGGGAGGACUCACCUAAAAGAAAGAACAUUUUUAGUUCAAAAGUCACUGGCAGUUCUGACACCAUUCUUGCUGAUGAGGAAGAAUUUAAAGCGCUGCAAGAUGAGGAACAGCAGGGCUGUACAAACAUUUCUAUGAAAUCCACUGACAGCAACAAGCUGAAAAGGGAAAAUGAAAGGAUCUCUGGAAGAGGGAUCCACACUGUUGCAGUAACUGGAGUGUCAUCUGCUCCUCGCUUUGCCACAGAAGAGAUUGAUGGCUCCCUGGCAAGCAAUGGGAGUGUGAAAACAUUGGUACAGCAUGGUGCCAACACUCAGAAUGAGAGGUCAGCUUUGUCACAGAGCAUGGGUCAGUGGCAGAGAGAUCGAAUCGUGGCAAACAGGUUGUACAGCAGAUACGAGCCUCUUUGCUCCUUUGAGACUAAACGUACCUCUUCAGGUCAAGGCAAUACUUUGCCCAGCCAUACAUCAGACAUCUAUAGAAGUUCCCUCCUUACAAGAGGAAAUACAAGCACUGAUCGGAUCAGUAAUAUAGCCCAACAUACACAUGUUCAUGAUAAUAAAUUAGGCCGUUUUAUACAGAGGGUUGGACAUUUCAUAAACAAGAAUAAAUGACCAUCUAUACUAAUGGUGGACAAUUCUGUGAAAGAUUACUUGCCAUUCUUCCCAAAGUGGCCUGGGCCAUUAAUGAAGUUGGUACUUCCUUGUACACAAAAAAAGACUAUUAUUUCUCAGACCUUUAGACUUGAAAACAGGAUGUAGUUAUGUCUUCACUUACAGAAAUAAAUGGGCUUAAUAUUGCAAGGUUCUAUUUUUUGCUUAUUCAGUGAGUUGGGAUUCUCAUUAGAUUUAUAUAAAGAAAAACACUUAAUUGAAGACUAUAACCUUUAGACCUAUCUGAUUAAUGUACAAAACUACUAUUCAUUCAAAUUCAAUUCUAUAAAUAAACACUGCACUCUUGCACAGUAUUUACUGGUUAAACCAUAGUCUUGCAACUUUGUUUUAAAAUAAUACUAUGAGUAUGAGGACCAUAAUACUGUAUGCUGUGCACUAUGCUGUAUGCUAUAUUGUGCAAAAUUGUGGGAUUGGAUGGUACAUUUGAAUUCUAAUGUUUACAUGUGCAAUUAAAGGUGUUUUUAAGCAAUGGUUUUACCUCAUAUGCAAAAUGUUAGUUCUUCCUUAAAUACAGGAGGGGUGUGUUUCUUUAUGAUAUAAUGACAGCCUUGAAACAGAAUGCACCCAUAAUGACCUCACCCUAUGCUGACUUUAUACUCUGCAGUGGCCAUUCUGUGAAUGACAAUGUAAGAAAGCAACUGAUGAAUUAAAAAUCUUUAUGAGUAAA